AUGCCUGAGGUGAUGUUUGGAGGCAUUGUGGUCGACACGAGCCAGUUCGACUUCAACGAUCGCAGCUCAAAUGUAGGUGCAGUGCUGACGGCGAACGCUACCCUGAUCGCGCUCGUGGGCGCAUUCGUCACUGCGCGGAUUGCAGUGCGGGUUUUGAUGGUUCGAAAGAUGUUCUUAGAUGAUUUUCUGAUCAUCAUUGCGUCUGCGUUCACUAUUGCGCUUGCGGCUGUGUCAACUGGCCGUGGACUUGGGACGCAUAUAUUCCUGCUACCUCCGCAGCAUAUCUUUGAUUUGGUGAAAAGCUGCAUUCAGCUGCUCUAUGUAUGUCAAGUACUGUAUGCAUGCGCGAUCGCAUCCACAAAGAUCGCGAUCAUCGCAUCAUACCUUCGAUUCGUCCAAGACCGCAAAUUUCGCAUAUCGAUGCACGUAACUGCUGGACUCAUCAUCGGCCUGUGGCUCACUGGAAUCUUUGUUACAAUCUUUCAAUGCCGGCCGGUGUCUGGCGCAUGGGACUUUACUGAACCACGGCGAAGAUGCAUUGACUUUGUCAAUUACCUCUACGUCAGCUCUUCCAUCUCUGUUGUUACGGACAUCAUACUGUGCGCAAUGCCGUGUCCGUACCUCUGGAAACUCAAUAUGCCACUGAAACAGCGUAUUAUUCUAUGCGUGCUGUUUGGCGGUGGUGCAGGGGCCUGUAUCGCGGGGAUCCUAAGGAUCUCCAAAUUGCAUACAUUGCGCAGUAUGGAUGUGACGUAUCAGUGUGUGACGUGCCUAAAUUUAUCGAUCAUAGAAUGCAGUCUGGGUAUUAUCUGCGUCUCGAUACCUCCGCUGCGACCACUGGCAGUCAAGCUUUUCCCUGCAAUUUUAAGAACAGAUCGUUCGGCGUCAUCGAGGUCCCCAUUGCAAAGCCUCAAUUACCAGAGAAGGAAUAAUAACAACAAUAACAAUAAACAGCGAUCCGGAACGAGAUUGGACAACAUCACGAUCGAAGAGGAUUUUACGCUCGAAGAAUCCACCAUAAGCGUCUCAGAAAGGAAAGAAACGACAUCACUUUCGCAGAAAGUUUAA